UGUAUUUGAAUGGAAAAUUCCUUAAACAUUUACAAAACGCGUAUGUAUAGCCAGCGUCUUAUUAGUCAUUCUCAACAAGUAGGAAUAUAUAUGAUCUUCUCUGCUUGUUCUUGGUAAUUAAGACGACGGAGGUGAUCAGUAGAAGGCCUCUCUCUCCCUCUCAUCCAUCAAUCUAUCCAAAUGCAUAUUGAUCCCAAUUUCCAAAGAAGAAUAUAUGUAUAUAAGAUCCAUUUCCCAGCAGUUAUAUGUAUAGGUAUAUAGGGUUUCUUCUUGAUCCUUUCACAAACUUUUCUUUCAUUCUCUUCUUCUUUUCUUUUUUUGUUAAGAACCCCAGAGGCCAAAGAGGAAGAGGGAAUCGAUCUCAGGAAGGUGAAUCCAAUCUCUGAUUUCGGAUUCAGAGAUAAAUACUCUCCACCACUCGAGCAACAAGUCCUCCGGCCGACACCUAUUAUACUGGUUGUUCGGUCAAGACUUGGUCUCUACACUACCCGAUGAGAAAAUUUGAAUCAUUUCUCUCAUCAUGAAAAAUUAAAUGAUUCUGAUCUAUUGAUUUCUUGACCUAGCUAGUUGAAGGCACUAGCUUUGUCCUUUAAAGAGGCACCCAUCAAAGUGGCAUUUUACUCAUGAUCUAUCUAUUUGUUGAGAACUUGUAGAGUCUAAGCUAGAAAGAGGAAAAGAAGAGGAAGAUACAAACCUGGAGUUUAAGCAUUUUUGCUGAGUACUAGUCUAUCAAGGAAAAAGGGGUCAGAUAUUUGCCACGGCAAUUCUGGACAAACAGACAAGAAGUAGUAAACAGUACAAACUACCAACUGCGCUAUGAUGGAGUCAAUCGAGUCUACUGUCCCACCUGGUUUCCGCUUUCAUCCGACGGAUGAAGAGCUCGUCGGGUACUAUCUUAGAAAGAAAGUUGCCUCCCAGAAGAUCGAUCUUGAUGUCAUCAGAGACAUUGAUCUCUACAGAAUCGAACCAUGGGAUCUUCAAGAGAGAUGUCGGAUCGGGUAUGAAGAGCAGAACGAGUGGUACUUCUUUAGCCACAAAGACAAGAAGUAUCCAACUGGGACAAGGACCAACAGAGCAACCAUGGCUGGGUUUUGGAAGGCAACGGGUCGAGACAAAUCAGUAUAUGAUAAGGCAAAACUGAUCGGGAUGAGGAAAACCCUCGUCUUCUACAAAGGAAGGGCUCCAAAUGGACAGAAGACUGAUUGGAUCAUGCACGAAUACAGGCUCGAAUCUGACGAAAAUGGACCUCCGCAGGAAGAAGGAUGGGUGGUAUGCAGAGCAUUCAAGAAGAGAAUCAGUAGCCAAAACAAAAGCAUUGAAGGCUGGGACUCAAGCUACUUCUACGAAGAACUUAACGGUCUCACUUCCGUCGCUGAUCCAACGGAUUAUAUGAGGCAGCCCCAGAGCUUUUUAAGCCAGAAUUUCAUGUGCAAGCAAGAGACAGAAGCUGAUAGUUUGAACUUCCUGCACUCUGAUCCGUUUGUCCAGCUUCCUCAGCUUGAGAGCCCGUCUCUUCCCUUAAUAAAGCGGCCGACCUCAAUGUCUCUUAUCUAUGAGAACAAUACCGAGUUAGAAGACGAGCAAAGUAUUCGAGGGUGCAACAAUGCCGAGAAGGUUACUGACUGGAGGGCUCUGGACAAGUUUGUGGCUUCACAGCUAAGUCAAGAGGAGAGGUAUGAAGGUGAUGGAGAGGCAAGCUUUGGUGCACAUGAUGAAUCAGAUAUGUCAUUGUUGUUGUUGCAGAGUAGUAGUGCUAGGGAUGAUGAUGAUCAAGUGGAGAACAAGUUAAAUGGGUUCCUGAAUUCGAGUCCUGACUGUGAUAUUGGGAUAUGCAUAUUUGAAAAAUAAUGAAGCAAGAGGGACAACACUUGGGGGAAGGUAAUUUUAUUGGUACGCACGUAGGUAUUAAAAAUGGUAUAAGGGUUGAUGAAUGUCGAUCCUAAGACAUAUUUUUGUAAAAAUAUGCUUGCGAGUGGAUUUCUCUCUCUUUUGCACACCGCUAACACACAUUCACACACACAAGGUUUUAUAUAUGUAACUAUGAGUACAUCUCGCGAAAAAAUUUGUAUGGUAUUGAAACACAUUUACAUAAUAAAAUCAACUUAUUACCUAUUAUUAUA